AUGGACUUUGAGCGUCUAAUUAAUUUAUUAAGACUUCGUCGCUUUCUAUUCGACAUGUGUGACCCUGGUUUCAAAGACACACAGUUAAAAAGUAAUCGGUGGAAGCUGGUCGGCAAGGAAUUUGGGGUAUCAGAAAACCUCCAAGGAUUGAAUGAAGCGAGGCUGGCGCAGCAGAUGACUCGCCCAAAUGACGAAUUUCACCACUUUGGGAUGAUGGUGGCAGGGCGACUGAGAAAAAUGCCUAGGCUGCAGGCCGUCAGGGCAAUAUCCGUCGUGCAACAGCGGCUCUUGGACUACGAAGGGGAACACGUGGUGCAGCAAUAA